CUGUUCGACUGAGGGACCUUACAGAUAAUGCACCAUCAGAUGAUGAUGAUGAUGAGGUGAUUGCUAUGAUCAAAGAGCUUCUGGACACCCGAAUCAGGCCCACAGUGCAGGAGGAUGGUGGAGAUGUCCUGUAUUGUGGCUUUGAGGUUGGCAUUGUAAAGCUGAAGCUGCAGGUCUCCUGCACCAGUUGCCCCAGCUCCAUGGUCACUCUGAAGAGUGGCAUCCAGAAUAUGUUGCAGUUCUAUGUCCCUGAAGUGGAAGGGGUGGAGCAGGUGGAGGAUGAGCAAGAGGAGGUUGCCCAAGGCUGAGUCCAAUGGAAACUUCUCAGACCUUAUAGACAUUCCUCUUACCCUCUCCCCUCCUGCAGCCACUCUGGACUCCAGUAUUGCUGAUUAAUCCGCAUCGUAGAGGCUUGUCAGCACAGCAGAGGCGAAAGAAGAACUUAGCUGUUAUUUUGAGAGAUUUGUCAUUGGACUUCAUAACAGUUCCCAGAGAUUGUCAGCAGUCAACCAUUCUGGCUACGGGACUCAGUGGGUAAGAGAGGACUCCGCCUUGUCUGAAGUAGUGUCUUUGUCCUGCUGUUUGCUUUGGAAGGCUUCCAGGCUGAUGGAGUUCCACUUUAACUUUUGUCUGACAAUGUAUUUAUACCAGUAUCUCAUUAUCACACCAAAUAACUCAGUAAGUAUUGGUUAUUAAAAAAACAACUCCAUCCAUAUACAACACAUGUGCACACUGUAUAAUGUAAAUAAAUAAAGUACAUUGAAUUAAGAGUGAAUUAAAUUAUUUGAUUGAACGCCUUGAAUGUUGGCAACCAAAUCCUUUAUCAAGUCUGAUGGGAAAAAGUGCACAUGUUGCACAGAUAAAGGAUACUCCUUUUGCCACUAUGGUCUGGAGGAAAGCUUGAGUUUCCAUUGGUUUAAGUCUUUUACUAUGAUCAUGUACAUUUUAAAUAAGUAAUUAAAAACCUAUAAAUUCUA